GUCAAGUAUUAUAGAAAAAUGGCGAUCGGUGUUGAUACUUCAAAAUGGAAACCUAGAAAAAUAACAGGAACACCAGCUGCAAAGUUUAGAAAUCGUCUUGCUGCCGGCAUUUUAGGCUUCGGUAUACUAUGGGGUGCAUUUUUCCAAUAUUCUAGUUUCACUGAGCCUAUGAAAAAAGCCGCAGACGUUCUUUAUGAGGAUCCCAUUGAAGAACAGGAGAGAAAGAUAUUGAUAGCUAGUGGCCUGCACUUAAGAUCAGGACGUACUAUACGGCGGAUGAUGGCAGAGGAAGAACGACUGGACUUGCCUCACAAAUAGCGUAACAUGAAUGUAGAUACUUUAAAUAGGUAUGUGAUACUAUAGAUUAUCUUUAUGUUAAUAAAUUUUAGUCAAAUAUUUUAAAA